UCGGGAACUCCGGGACAGUGGCCACGUCAUGUGACCCAAAACAGCAUCUAAUAACAUAUGAAACGCCAAAAAAACUACUGUGACGCUUGUAAUGCCAUAAAAAAUAUAUAGCGGAAAUGUUUCAGUUGGUUCCGGAAUAAAUCCAUCAAGAAUAACUGACUUGAUCGUGGAUGAAAUGUGUUAAAUGUGUAAAAAUUUUAUUUAUUAGUGUUAGAAAUUAAUUGAUUCAACAAAUAUUUAAGCGUUGCAUUAUACUAAACGGUAAGUAAUAAAGAACAUUUGAUGUUGGCAUGCUGAAGCAGUCUUUCGACUGCUCGUGGUUCGUCUGAAUGUCGGGGAAUCGCCACCAACAUGUCGGGAACACCGAAGAGUGCAGGCGAGUUAGUUUAAUAUGUAUUUUCAUGCUCAUGGGUUACUUUUACUCACUAUAUUUCGUCUAGCAGGGUCUAUGCUUGGUGGACCUGGAGCACCAGAGAACAUUACAGUAAAAUUUUUGAAUCCUACGUCAGUGAGGAUCUCAUGGGAUACAACGUUAAGCACGAUUGAUAAAUACGAUGUUAUAUACAGACCGACGGACGCAAGUUACAGGGUGGUGGCAAUUGUUGCUGGAAACAGCGAUGCGGUGACUUUAUCCAACUUGAAUCCAGAUACUCAGUAUCAGUUAACGGUGUCGGCAAUAUGGGCUGGAAGGAAAUAUAGAAGUAGGCCUAUCGUCUUCCGAACACUUGGGUGCUCUCCUGCGUUAGCAAUUUCCGGACCCUCACGUUCAUCAGGCAGGAUUUGCACCCAGGAAGAACCUUCUAGGUCAUCACCUCAACAACAAGAAUCUAUGGCAGUAGUAGCCGGCAGCGUAGGGACUACCACUUAUACAACGACCGAUUCCACAACCACGAGAGGCACUUUAGCGGAAGAAGAUAUGGCUGUGGAAUAUGCUCAAAAUAGUACAACGGUUCGUGGUGUCGAAGUAGGUAUAGUCCUCAUAGUUCUUGUUGUGUGGGUGGCAGCCAUUGCACUAUUCUUCAACAGGUGGGGCAAGAUAAGAAUGCUUCUGCCUUAUCAACCUGAUUACAAGCAAGAACAACUGAAGGUUCCUGGAACUGCAGCUUGUGCCGCAGCAACAGCGUCGACGGGGAACGCUUGCAAUCAUCAUGCACCGACAAAUAUUUGUCAGCAGGUUCAUGCUCAACCGCCUCGCACCCCACGUUCCCGCAUAAAUUCAGCGAUUUUCGUAUCAAACAGCGGUCCAGGAAUAGACACGAAAGAAUUUUUUAGACGUUACGGCUCCGUAUCGAAAUUGUGUCGAAAAGCCCGAAGUGUGGACAAUAUAUCUUUGGAAGAAAAAACUUUUGGUUUACCCAUGCUUUCUAUAAGUGGUCCCUCGCCCCCAGAGGAUGAAGAAACAGAGAUAAUGGAAACUGAAAGGUUUUUAGCAUAAAUGCGUCAAUUAAAAUGAUUAUGAUGACCUAAAAAAAACAACGAUUGUUUUAUGUAGCUUUAAAGAACGAGUGAUUAAAAGGUAGGACCAUUAGUAAUAAUAAUAUUCUUUAUAAUACCUUGUACUCCUAAAACAAUUUUACCUUAAAUAUAUACAUAACGAAUACUUCAAAAAAUUGCACAAGUUAGGGUCCAAAUUAGAUUUUUCGCAUAUCUGUAUAUCUACAUCAUUUUUUUUUUUUUCUGACAGUGUAUAUGUAUCAUAACUUUUUUGUAUAUACUAACUAACUAUAAUUAGGUAUAACGAGUCUCCAAAAAAAAAAAUUAAAGAUUGCUAUGGUUUUUUAAAAGUAUGUCUUUAGGAAUAUUUUUCUUUAAUUUUGUCAAGGAUAGCAAUCUUUGAUUGGUUUUUUUUUGAAGACCCGUUAUCUACACCACUAUUAUAUUUAGAAGUAGUGAUUUAGAAUAAUUAUUCGAUAAGAGUGAUUUGAAGUACUGACUUUUAAAUAAAAUAUUUUUUAUCCAGGGCCGGAUUUUCCAUUUGGUGUGAUGGGCAAAGGACUCAAAAAGAAAAUAAGUAUAGGGGGAAAUAAAGGAAAUCGAAUAUUUAAUAUAACGAGACGUCUACAUGAAACUUUGAUCGAUGGAUAUUAGUAUUUUAUAACAGUUUUCUGCAUAAGAAACAUCCUUCUAUUAUGAAAUAUCCUAUCUUGUUUAAUAAUAAUAUGUUCAAUAUUUCUCCGGCCAGACUUUUUCUACGGUUGGUUGGCCGUGAAGCGCUUUAAGCCACCGGAGCUCAGAUGCCAUUUGGCUCACACUCUAAAGAGUCUUGGCAGUGCACUGCAGGAGCAAUUUCACAUUUUUCAAUCUUCUCUCUGUGUAACUCUGCCAGCAGCAGUCCAAUGGAGUUUGAGUAAUCUUUUGCAAGGACUUUCCUAGUCGCGUUGUCUUAAUAAUCCCCUCACAGGAAUUUCUCCAGGAUUCCCUUCUAGACCCUCUCAAUUCCUUGUAAUUUGUUAGAGCAGUUCUGUAUUCACCUCAGUUGUUGGUGCGUUUUGCCUUAUUGGAUAACCUUCUUGUUUUAGCCCUGGGCUCUCCUGUUCUACCAGGGCGUUUUCGAAUCUAAGUACGACUCAUUGUUUCACAGGACAGCUGUUCUCAUAGGCUCUUAUUACUAGAGUGAUAUUCAAACUAAUUUUCUGUUUCGCGUACAUUGGGAUAGUCGGCUACUUCUGCUUCUAGUAGGUCUUUGUAUAGGCCACAGUCAGUGAGUUUUGGGUUUCUAUGCUCGAGAAGGCUUGUUCCUGCGACCUCCAUAUUGAAUCUUAUGUGUUUGUGAUCCGACAUCAAUAUUUCGUUCGAGACGUGCAAGUUUUAUUGGUAUGCCAAGGUUAAAUCUAACACUUCUUAUUUAGCAGUAGUGCUGCCCUUACAUGAUAUUGUUGGAAGUUUUAUUCGUGUACCAUGUGUUCAUGGCUCCUGAAUGAGGACUAUGUCUAGUUAUUCUUAGGUGAAUCUGGAGCUUAGCACGUCAAAUGCAGCUUUUGCGUGUUGCAGAGUCGCACACUUUACAAGGAGCCAUUUUUUACAAUUACUCCUUGUUGGGACCUUUAGAAUCCCUGGUUUUAUUGGGUCUUUUCUCAUAGGGGUUUUGCCCUUUCCGUUGCGAGUGUUACAGACUCCCUGGGGCCUGCCGUUCCGAACACCGAGGCCCCGGCCGCCGCAGCAGCAUCAGAUCCGGACAUUUUUUUGGGACUGUCUUUUAGGGUCCUUGUCUAGAGUUUAUCCGAAGCUGAUCGAAUCGGUAGGCCAUUCCAAACUUUUCCUUUUCAAGUUCCCAUAUGACUGAUGGCCUAUGGAAACAGUUAGCUGAUCAGAGGUUCCCUCGGUCACUCUACUGUUGAGGACUCUCCAGUUCCCAACGCGUAAUCCUUUGUUUUAGCCUUUUAUGAGACCAAGUAUUAGUAUUCCUUUGUUGGGGCUAUUUGCACUAUUGGGAAAUUUUCGCACAAGGAUUUGCGGCCGAAAAAUUUUCUAUUCCUCUUUUUCUCAGUGCAGCACCAUCUCAGGGCUUUAGGGUCUUCGCCGUUUGGAAUAGCCACUUACUUGUGUCAACAGUGUCACCAUGAGAAGGAUGCAGCCAAUGGCGAUCCUGCCGGGAUACCUCAAGGUCUUGGUAGCAGCGGCUUUAUGAUUUAGAAAAACCGACGAAAGCGCCUGGGAAUUUGCCCGAUAUGCAGCUAACCCGAAACCCCUUGACUCAUACGCUAACCGGAAUGAGUUGUUUCGAAUCUAAGCAGGAUUUCCAAAAACCGUUAUUUUACCGCAGCCCUAUUCUGUAACUUGCGCCCGCAGAGAAUUGCGCAAUCGUCGCUGUCAAAUCGUUGUCAAACGUGUGUUUUCUAUAUGUUUUCUAUUCAAAAAAAGCAACUGGCGACCGGUUGCUAGUUGCUAUGUAAUUGCUGUUCGUUAGAGAAUAAGCCUGCCGAUUGCUUAACCAAUAUGGCAAACGGAACAGACCCCCGUCAGUUAAUUUCAACGAUAUUAUAAACGUUUUCCCGAAUGUUGUUAGAGUUCUGCAUUUAUUAUCAACUAUAUCAGUUAUCAGUAAUGCCCCAGAAGAAAGAAUAUCCUCUAAUUUAGAGUUAAUUGAAAAUUAUAUGGAAUGUGAAAAUUGCAAAAUAUACUUAUUGAUGAUUCAUUUAAGCCCUGUGGAUGUUUCGAUGCUGGAUUUGUAUCCUCUUCAGGGUUAGAUCAAAAACUAUCACCGUCGGUAGAGGAAGUUCCUGUUACGUAACCGGAGACAUGUGGAAUUGACUGAUAUCAGGCCAAUCACAUUAAAAACAGGUAUUUGACAUCACAGUCACAAGGAAAAUAAUUUUAUUGCUCAAAAUAUUUGAAAGGAUCUAUUAAAAAUGAUAAAAUAAAUGCCCUGCAACAAAAAGUACCGAGUUGCUGACAGACAAUAUAUAUUUCACUUGUGAGAUUGAAUAUGUUUAACGCGAUGCAUGUAAUAUCGAUAGUUAUAACACAUUUAAUUUAUAGUUUAGAAAUAUCAGGAAAAAAAUGUUUUUCCUAGUAGGUAUCUCAGAAACGAAAAAAACACUAUACGUAUCUAUAUUGGAGGUAGUCAUUAAAAGAUGAAAACAUUCUCUAAUUUUAUCAAGCUCGUAAUAGGGUUUUUAGUUAGGGGUGUUUUUUAGGCGUAAUUUGCGGUUUAUGGACAACGCUGGUCCAAGGGAUGAUCCAAUAGCAAAAAGUUUCAAAUGAUUGUUGAGCUGAAGUUUUUUGCUAUAAAAAUCUCCGCAUAGUAGCAUGUUUUUGUUCAAGGUUACUGAAUCAGCGUUUCGCCUGUUUGCGCGCAUUUUGUGCAGCAGCGGCCGAAUGCAUAAUCCGAUUUUAAUUGUUCAAACACCACGUUAUUGCUAAUGAAAUGCACUCUCCAAUGCUUUUUUGUUUGAAUUUUUGCUUGAAAAUUAAUCGAGCACGGACUCGCCUAAUAGAAACUUGUGAAUUACAUCGAAAACUACCCCUUUCUUGCAUUGACUGUAAUUUCUAAACGGGGCCAAAUAUUUGGUGACAGUUUUCGACAAUCGGCAGCCCAUUUAUUCCUCUCAUAAUGCCCCAUUUUUUUUAGUUAAUUAGGUACUCAAUGACUUAUUCGCCUGAACACGUCGCGCGGAAUUUUUCACAAAGUCAAAAAAAAAUCAAAAUUGUUGCACAGCGCUGAAAUUUGGUGCGAUGGCUUUAUUUUCAUUUUUAUUUGGAGCAGGGAGUUUUUUAUAGCAAAAAACUUCAACUACAACAACCAUUCGGAACUUUUUGCUAUUGGACCAUCCCUUUGAGCAGCGUUCUCCAAAAACCGCAAAUUUCGCCUAAAAAAACACCCCUAACUAAAAACCCUAUACUGAAGUAGUAUGUCGCAAACUCAAUAUAUCUAUUAUUUAGCAUAUUGAAAUGUUGAGGUAACCCCCAUUUUCAGAUCCCUGUUUCUGGGACUACAAGGUUUAUGUAUCUUAAUAUUCGUCUUGGCAUGCCGCCAUCUUUUUAGAAAGAUAUUAAUUUACUCAAUAACUUACUUCGUGAAAUAACUUCGACAUAGUCAAUAUGUUUGAGAAUCUGUUGAUCAGUGCGUGCGAGGAUCAGCUGAAAACGCAGAGAGGCGAAAAUCAAUAUGACGGCUAGAGGAUGCGUGAACUCGUCCUUAACUCAUCUGAACACUCCUGUGUUUGGAUUAUCUGAUAAUUUUCGUUCUAUUGUUGUCCUCAAUAAUAAUUUAUAUUUUGACUAUAAAACAAAAUAAACUCCGUUAUGAUUGGAUUAUGGUGUUCUUUUACUGCCUAGGACUCCGGGAAUCGGGUCCUUAAGCCAUAAAAAAUAAAAUAAGAUAGGUAACUUGUUAUAAUAUGGCAAUAUUGUAUCAAUAAAUUAGAGUGUAAUAUAUUAUAGAUUCCUAUAACUGAGAAGGCAUUUUUUUGUGACCUCCAUAUCGAAUCUUGGAAACGCGCCAGUUUUUAAUUUGGUAGAUACGUAUAGUGUUGCCAAAUAAGAGUCUUCAGACAAGUCCUUUGUAAUGAAACAUGGAAAGUUAAUAAGGUUGAUUUUUUCUUAUCAAGCAGUAUUGCUGCCCUUAUGGGUGUUCAUGAAUUUUCUUUCUAUUGUCCUCAAUUUAUAUUUGGACUAUAAACCAAAAUAAACUCCGUUAUGAUUGGAUUUUGUGUUUUUUUACUGCCCUAGGAAAUCUGGCCCUAAAGUUAUAAAAAAUAAAAUAAUUUUAUUUAAAAUGAGAUAACUUGGUAUAUUAUGGCAAUAUUGUUCCUAUCGAUAAAUUAGAGUGUAAUAGAUUAUAGAUUCUUAUAACUGUAGCCAAAUUUAGAAAAAAAAAAUAUAUAUAUAUAUAUAUAUAUCCAAAGAUUUCUAGAUAUUCCAUCCAAACGUACAUUUUCUUAUAGGAGGAUUCAAGUUGAGACUUGGACUAAUUUAUUUCUAUCUGUCGAUUUGCAACUCUCGAAUAAAAGAAAUCUUAGAUUUUCAUUUAAUGGGACGUUACAAUGUUUUAGGGACUGCCACAUGUACCUACCUACGUAGGUACUCUUAGAUUGUCAAUUUGUACUUUCUAAAAAAAAAUUAAAAAAUUGUUGCCAGAGUUCGAUAAUAAGACAUCUGAAAAAACUACCAGCCAAAUUUUAAAAUUCACUUAAUCAAGAGUUCUAGAUUGCUAAAUAAGUAGCUACCAUUACUUUCUCCGAAAUUACUUAUUUAAAGAAUAAUACUGUAGAAAAUACUAAUAAAUUAGAUAAUAUGAACUAUGUACUUACUUAGUUUUAAUAUUAAAUUAUUGUGAAGCAAUUUAUACAGUAUUUUCAAAGUGUGAAUAUUUUAAAAUAACCUAUUUUAAAUGUACAAAUAUUUGUUUUGGAAACAUAUCUUCUUAUUGUGAUAAAAUUUAAUAAUUAAUAUUAUUUGCCAUUUUUGUUACAUGACCACUUUAAACAUUGAGCCAAAGGUUAUGAGUCAAAUCAUUUUAACUAUUAGUACCCACUUUAUUCGUUAUUACUCAAUUUCUUCACUAAUGCUAAAAGAUUCUUUUAACAAAAAAAAAAAACAAAUAAAUAAAAAUAAACGUAAGGGACCACUACUGUGAUUAUACUAAAAAUUAAUAUUUGUGCAUUGAUAAUAGGAAUUUUCAUUUUCCUCCUGGUUUAGAUUAGUUUUUACAUCCGAACAGGUGGAUGUUGCAAUGAAUGAGAGAUCCAUCUGGUAGGUGUACCUAUAACUUACCCUUCUAGAUCAGAAAUCAGAUAAAAAUCUGGAAGUAAAGAGUUCUUAAAUAUACAAAAGUUAUUGGAUCAUUAUCCAAUAUUUGCUAUAUAAAAUAUUAUUAUUAUUUUUUUCAAUUUGCCUUUAUUUUCAGAUAAAUGUCAAUACUCAAAUAUAAAUAAUGUGCAGUUUAUCUAUCAAAAUUAAUAAUAUCGAGAAUAAUGUAUAUCUACCUUGACUUAAAAACUAAAUUGCAUAUUAUAUCCGACUGUUAGUUAAGUUCACAUGUUUCAAAU